AUGGAGAAUAUCUCUACUUUCUCUAGCGAUUUCUCUUCUCUAUCGCUAUUUGUAGCCCUAAUAGUCACCGUUCUCUGUUGUUUCUCCGCUGUUUUCGCGGUACAGUCGUUCCGUUUCAAAAAAUCAAAGCCAGUCCAAUCGGACGGUGCAAAUUCGUCGGAGAAAAGCUGUAAAUGUGCUUGUUCGUGUAAAGGUGUUGGUGGUGGUGGAAAUUUUGAUUUGGUGGCGGACACGGCGCAUUUGAACGGAGGGACUAGUGGUGCAGGGGAGAUGGUAGAGAAGUCACCGGUGUUGGUGCCGGCAGAGCAGCAGAGUGGUGCGUCGAUGAUGGAGCAGUUGGUUCCGGAAAUCACGACUCAUGCGCUGAGUUACUUGGAUUACCCGAGUCUGUGUCGGCUUUCGAUGACCAAUUCUUUAAUGCGGAAGGCUGCCAAUGACGAUAAUGCAUGGAAAGCGCUUUAUCAUAAGGAUUUCACAUUGGAACAGGAUAGCAUCACACCUGUUAAUGGAUGGAAGGCUUAUUAUGCAGCUACAAGAGCCAUCAUGAGUGUCAAUAAUGAGUUUUAUAACAUCAUUAGAGGAAGAUCACUUCCCCAAAUGGGUCGUCUUUGGUUUAAUGCAGAUUAUGUGAAAUGUGUUCAUGCCUCUGGAGAGCUCUUCACAGGUUACAAUGCAGUUAUGGAAAGCUGGCAGAUUGCGUUCAACUGGGAGCAAGCUGUUGAUUUCCAGAUUCGAGAUGUACGGGCUCGGGUGUUGACAGGCGUGGCUUGGGUAACUAUGAAAGCCUAUGUUGAUGUGGAGAGUGGGCCAUUUCAUGUGACAAAUGUCUUUGAGUUCCAUAAUGGUCGGUGGUACAUGGUACAUCAUCACAGCUCCGUGAUGCUUAAUGGAGAGGCAGAGCAACAAAUUUUGCUGGGGUAA